UGCUCACGAGAGAAAAUGCGCAUGCGUGGUAGUUGGGUAGGCGACUGUGGUGACAACAUUGUAACAUGCUACUAGUUUGUACUCCACUCCAGCAGAUAACGUUUUUACUAAAAGAAGGCUUUCAGAAUGGACAGCACUCCUUCGCACUGCCGUAUUGGUGAUACUCAGAGAAAGACACUUUCUCAGUUACUGGGUUCAAGAUUAACCAGACAACGAAAGAGAUGCCCUCCAGAACCCCUCCUGCAAGAGACUGUGAUUCAGUUUAUGAGGCACCAUCAGAACCUUAGUGAUCUGCUACUUGAGGUUUCUGGGUCAGAGAGCAAACGCUUAUGUAAUGGUGGUGAUGAUCGUAAUGCUGUCUCUCCUGCUACAGGUUCAUUUAUAGCUUCAGUGAUACAAGAGCAAGCUUUACUGAUGGACCUGCCUUCUGGGCUUUUGUCUGCCAGAGCAUCUGUGGAGAAAAUUCAGCAGAUAGCAUGGCUUGCGGAUAUACCCAGAAAAUCAGUUAUAUUGGAUUCCAUCCAGCGAAGUAAGCUCGUCUGUUUGCUGCAGACUUUACAGGAACUGAUAUCCACCAGUAUGCUCAGCCGACUGCAAUUCAGUGAGGAAAUUUGGAAAGCAAGGGAAACACCCAUGCUGGAAGUUGUUUGGCAUUUGCAGAAAGAAAAUAUUGUGAGCCUUGAAGAGCUUGUAACAAGUAAUCCUGAUGCAACUUCUGUGGUAUGCUGGCUUUUCAACAACUUGUGUCUCCUUUGCUCAGCGACUGAAGAUCACCCCCAGCAUCAAAAUGUACAGAGUCAAAUACUGUCAGAUAUCGUCACUGAAUUAGUUAGAAAUGGAUUUAUGGGAUCAAAUAAUUUGGAGCCUGACUCUAAAUCUCAGCAGUUUCAGCAGAUUUGUUUUGAAGUCUUGAACAGAAUGCUUUCAUGGUUACUGGAUAAUGUGUGUAAGGAAGUAGAAAAAGAUGACCGCUCUGUGGAGAAAGCAACUCUGUUCUGGUUGAAUGUGUUUGAUGUGACAUUGUUCCAUGGUAUAGUGUCACUGGAUUUGUUAAAGCAGUUCUUCUACCACACACUAACUCAGAUUCUCACCUUUAAUCCUGUGCUUGAAGCAUCGGAUGCUAUUCGCAUGCAAGGAGAAUGGUGCUUUGCAAAAACGAAGACUAUGCUAACAACCUUGUACAGGAAGCUCUUUGUACUAUUCAGCGCAGAGGAGUUGGUCAUUCAUAUUCGGCAGGUUCUGGAGACCCAUGAGGUGAACUGGCAGAAUGUACUGUCUUGUGCUUCUACCUUGUUGAUCUGCCAACCACAGACCCAAAAGCUAUUGAAAGAACUGCUGGCUAGCCUUCUGCUUAAUUCCUUUGAGAAUUAUGAAUUGGAGAGCAUAAUCACUGCAUUCCUACUUGUACGACAGGCUGCACUGGAAGGACCAGCAGUUUUUAUCAGCUAUUCAGAAUGGUUCAAGAAUUCCUUUGGGUCUGCCAAUGGUUACCAUGGUAAUAGUAAGAAGGCUCUAAUUUUUCUGCUGAAAUUCCUGACUGACCUGGUGCCAUUUGAAUCAGCACAAUACUUAAAGGUUCAUAUUUUGCACCCCCCAUAUGUCCCAUCAAAGUAUCGAGCUCUACUUCUUGAGUACAUCUCACUGGCUAAAACGAGAUUAGCAGAUCUCCAGGUGUCAAUUGAGGAUAUUGGUCUAUAUGAGGAUCUGUCAACAGCACACUGUCCCCCUAAGCCUCAGUGUCAAGCUCUGCAGGAUGUUGAAAAAGCUGUACUAAUAUUUGAAAACACAGGAAGAAUCCCAGCUAGCGUAAUGGAGGCAAGCAUUUUCCGAAGACCUUAUUAUCUGACACGAUUUUUGCCAGCGCUGCUUGCCCCUCGAGUGCUGCCGGAGUCACUGGAUUCACGUAUGGCCUUUAUUGAUUCCUUGAGGAAAGCAGAUAAAAUACCAGAUAGCGUGCAUACAAACUACGUUCAUGCAUGCAACAGAGAGAAACAGCGUCUGCUCGAAGGUGUUUCGGCGUCUGAGGAAACGGAGCAUCCAAGGGAACCAGUUGGUGUCCUGUCUGCUGCUCUGGAAGAGCUCAGAAGAGUGGCCACCAGUCCAAACCGAAGUGAAGAUGUUUCUGCUCAGAUCGCUGUAGUCUCUGGUCAGUUGAAAACUAUUAUAGAUGAUGGUGAUGAUUACACUGCAGUAGAUAAAGCAAUCCAACUAAAUACUAUUAGGGAUCAAUUGGAGCCUCUAGAAUUAGAGGUCAGAGACCUCCUAUUGAAGAGUUUUUGUCAGAUCUUUCUUACAACUUCAUGUUUCAAUCCAUCGCAGAGGCAAAGUGAAUGGGCAUCUUUGUUUGUGAAAAUGUUGUGUGGUCACAGAAGACUUCUAUGUGCUGUUCUUCUCAGAGUCCUGCAGCUUACAACCCUUCAGGGUUCUUCUCUCAGUGAUGUUCACAUUUUAGGACUGGCUGGCUUUACCAUUCACAUACACACCUUGCAGAUCUGCAUUUCAGUGGAGAGCCCACAAUCAGCUGGUACAGAAGAAAUGCCGUUUGUUAGCUAUCUAAACCAGUGCCUUGUAUGUAGAACUGGGGAGAAUUUGACAUUUUGCCUGAGGUUUUGUACAGUAGCGGUGGUUUAUGCGAUCUGCUUGUCAUCAUCCUCUUUGUCCUCUCUCGAUGUCGUAACACAAUUUGUUCCUACUGGGUUCGUGCAAAAGCUGCUGUAUAUAGUUCCUCGACUGAUUCCAAAGUCUAGGCGAGAACAUGGAGGGGUAGUAGAAUCUACCUGGAAUAAUCUUGUUGGUCUUAACUUAAACUGGACCUCUGCUGCAUUUUCAGUGUUUAAGCACCGUACUUUCUGGGAACUUGUACAGAUGAAAAAUUUCCAGCUAACAUUUUAUGAUUGGUUGAUGUCUGAACUGGAAAUUCAGCCACAUGGAGAUCUACUAAGUGAUGUAGACAGACAAGAAUAUCAACAUUGGGCCUGUUACCAACAUUAUCUGCCAUCUCCUCUUACAGCAGGGGGCUGUGGAGGAGAUCUAGUGACUGCGUGCAGGAUUAUUAUUAAUGCAUUAAUGGAUUUCAAUAAAAGAGCCAAAGUUCAAAACUUCAAAGGAUCUGCUUGUACAGAGCUUCCUUCAAUCAAUAGAUCAGGUUAUGAAAACGUUAUCUGUCUUCUGCAGGAAAUGGUGUUUGAUCUGGAAAGGCUAUGGGCAAAAGCAUCAGGCAAAAAUGUAUCAGCUGAAGGUGGACAUUUUCUCCUGGAUGUAUUUCGGGAUAGAAAAGCAAAAGUGGAAUUGCUGAUGUUGAGCCAGCAAUUAGAGCACCAGGUUGAACUGCAUCUAUUUGUUAGAAUUCUGUUGGCACUUCCUGCUGCUGUGCUGUUCCGAACCCGCACAGACGGCCUGAAAACGAACCUGGAAUGUGGGGAAUUCUUCCAGUUUACAAAUAGAGAACUGCGGAAUGGUUACUCCAAGGAGUUGGUUCUUCCUUUUGAUAUUACUUUACACUUCUUCAGAGGUUUGCUUAGUGCUUCGGUGAGCUGUGAAGAGCCCAGUAGCGCAGUUGCUGGCAUUCUAGAUGACAGCAAAGCACAUUGUCCUCUGCUCAUGCUAUCUGCAAUGUACUGGUGGGUGAAAUUGGAGCCUGUUCUUUCCACACAAUGGAAGAGGAUCAGUGAUUCCUCGCUUCCUGGAGAACUGCAGAGGAUGGUUGACAGCCAGUGUUGGGCAAACAGGUUACUUUUGGGGAAAUUGGAAGAUCCUCCAGCCUGUCUUCCCUGGGUGCUGGGUGCUUUUUUAUACUUCACCCUGUGGAGGGAAAAUGGCCUGAAGAUGUUGCAGACAGCAACAAGAGAGAUCUGUGCUGAAAAUGAAGUGUUCCAGAUUUCUGUCCUAUAUCUCAUUCUGAUGGAUUUGGUCUCUUCGCUACUGCAACCAAAGGAAACCUCUGAUAUAACUGGUACAUUAAAAGCAUGCACUGAUGUGAUCAUGGUUCUGGAAGAGCAGAACAAAUCCUGGCUUAAUAUAUUUUCGAUGACAAACAAGGGUCACAAUCCUCAUCAGUUCUUAUACAACGUGAUGUCAGAUAUGGAAAUAAAGCUUCUUCCUGUUGCCUUCUAUAGUUUUAUUCCUACUCUGGAUCCAAAGCUUCUUUCUUCUGUCAUCAAGCACCCAGAUUUUCUUUUUGUGGCCAUCACUCUGUACUCAGCAAUCAUCAACCUCUUCCUCGAUGGAGAAGAAGUAAUCUCCGCCUCGGAUCAGCGUGUCUUACCGUCAGAUCCUUUGGAAUUGUUAACAAUCGGGCGUCAGUUCCUCCUUCGAAUAAUUCCAAGAUGUUCCAGUCAAAUUCUUUCACAGCGCAAUAAACUGCAGGUUGCUUGCAAGUUCAUUGACCCCGAGCUGAAAGCUUCGCUUGACCACCAGCUGCAGCUUUGCUUUGGUGAUGGAGUCUAUUCUGAACCAAUUCUUUUAGAAUGAUUGAUUUACUUGGAGCAGAAAAUGGUGACGAGGCAUACAGGAGUGAGACAGAUCAGCUGGUUGAGUGGUGUCACGGCAACAACCUUGUGCUCAACAUCAGAAAGACUAAAGAGUUGAUUAUGGAUUUCAGGAAGAGGAAGCCAAGGGAACACACACCAGUCUUCAUCAAGGAAUCAGCAGUGGAAAGGGUGAGCAGUUUCAAGUUCCUGGGUGUCAACAUCUCUGAAGAACUAUCCUGGGCCCAACAUACUAAUGCAAUUAUGAAGAAGGCAUGACAGAGGUUAUAUUUCAUUAGGAGUUUGAGGAGAUUUGGUACAUCAACAAAUACUCUAGCAAAUUUCUACAGAUGUACCAGGAGAAGCAUUCUAACUGGUUGUAUCACUGUCUAGAAUGGAGGGGCCACAGCAACUUGCUGCUACUCUUUUCAAUCUUGUGCAAACUCAGCGAGAUUCACCAUGGGCAUUAGCCUCCUCAUCAACAAGGACCUAAAAAAACCCAGAAAAGGCCGGGAUCCCCUUUGUUUGUUUGGGACACUCUGCCGCUUAACUGGGGCAGGGGACAGUUGCCGAAUAGUUUCUAAUAUUGCCAGAUGUGUGGACUUGUGUGGCCAUUGGACACUACACUACCCCCCCCCCCCACUUUUUCAAGGUUAAAAAAGUGACUUUUUCAUGUUACCUUUGUAUAAGCUGACCCCUUUUGUAGAGGUUUUUGAUUUAACCAGAAAAGAUCACAAGAUCUCACAUGCCGGUACUCAGCUUUGCCGGAUCUGGAACUGGGAAAUUUUGUGAACCAGUACCUGCUAAGAAAACAGGCCUACACAUUGCAAAGCAUUGUAAGCGAAUUCUUAAUAAAUAAAUCAGGGAGGGAAAUUUUGGAUUAGGUCUCCAAUGGUAAAGAAUAUUCUUAAAUGUAACCCACACAAAACCAUUGUAAUCUCAUUAAAACAUAACACGGGGUGGCGGGAUCAGUACGUCUAUGCAAUAUUGAGUUUGCGACCACCAUGUACAAAAGAUUAAAAUGAAUGCAAUAUGAUGCUGGCUUCAAGCUGAAGGUUGUUGAUUUUGCUAAAGGAACGAAUAAUUCUGCAGCUGCUAAGAAGUUUAGUGUAAAUGAGAAACAAGUGAGUGAGUGAAGAAAGGCAGAGGACACGCAGAGGGAAAUGCCAAAGACGAAAUGUGCAAACCGCAGGGAUGCCAAUAGCCAGAACUGGAAGUAAAAGUUUUAAAAUGGGUGAGUCACCAGCGAUUGUCCAGAUACAUUGUUACCAGAGAAAUGAUUUGAGUUCAAGUGUUGAAAUGGGCCGAUAAACACUGUGAGGUCAGUAAAAAUUUCAAAACUACGCGAAGUUGGUGCACCCGAUUUAUGAGUAGACGUGAUCUUGUGUUGAGACAAAAUAAAGAUUGCUCAGAAAAUUCCCGCAGGGUGUUGUUUACGUAUAAGAACACUGCUGGAUGGAUGAAGCCGGUUGCUUGAAGUGGGUUAAAGAGGUGUGGCGUCGAUGUCCCGAAGGCUUCGGGAAGGAAAAGUCGCUACUUGUCUGGGAGGUGUUCAAAGCGUACUUGUCAGGUGAGACAAAAGCAGCAUUGAAAGCUGAAAAUACGGACACUGCAGUCAUCCCCAGUGGUUUGAUCUCUGUGCUCCAGCCACUAGAUGUGAGUUUAAACAAAUCAUUCAAAGAAUUCAUGUCACGACAGUGAAACAUAUUUGACUCAAAAACAGCCAAUAAAUACGACCUGUCUUCCGUGUACUUGUUUUUCCAAAGUUGGCACCCUCUGUAUAAGCCGACCCCCUCAUUUUAAGACCAAAAUUUAGGGCCAAAUUCUUGGCUUAUACACUGGAAUUUACGGUAAAAUCAUUUCACUACUUCAACAAGUUAGGAACUACAAAGAAUUUGAAGAUAUUGAUAAUCCUCUUGAAUAUUACAAUGAAGAUUUGGGGGAUGCAACUGUCGACAUCAUUAAAUGAAGGCAGUACAUUUCUUCACUAGUAUUCUGCACUGAUUUUGUUCAUUUAUAGUUAAUCAAAAGAAUGCAGCAGUGUAUAGGCACACUGGAUGAAUUUUUCCACCAAUAACAAUUAGGAACUAAUCCAGUUUCAUAAUACUAGAGUAGUAUUAGUUUUAAUUUGUUCUGUAUUCCAUUUAAAUACACAAUUUGUUAGUUUAAUGGUAGUUUUUUUAAAAUACAUUUUUAUCUAUUUCCAUGAAGCUUUGGCUAAUUGAGACAGCCAUUUAAUUGGGCCAAAAUGGACUGAUCCUGAUGUGUCCCAAUUAACUGGAAUCCACAGUAUAUAUGUAAUAUAAUUGUUUUUUAUGUAUGACACUGUACUGCUGCUGCAAAACUAAUUUCAUGAUAUGACAUAUGCCAGUGAUAUUAAGUGUGAUUCUGAUAUGGUCAACAAAUUGAGGAAUUGCUUUUGAAGUGCAGCCAGCCACAGUUGCAUAGAUAAUAAAGCAAUUAAUUUACACACUGCAUGCUUAACAAAUAAUAAGGUAAUCUGUUUUGUGACUGAUUUUAUAGCAAAGGUCUUGUACAGUGUUGAUUCCUCACAUUUUUAAUGUGCAUUUUCUUAAAUACAGUUGAGGAAAUACACAAUGCCUUUGUUCCAUGUCACUGCUGAACAGAGAUACCCAAGUGCAGUACUGUCCUGAUGUAGGGCUUAGUGGAAGAAAUAGAAUUACUCUUAAUUUAAGCAAAGGUUAUUGGUAUUUAUGUUCUAGCUCUAAAGUCUUGACAGUAUAAAAGCUCGUACUAGUGAAAUAAAUUGCUAUCAUUCAAAGAAAGCAAAAUUGAGUCUAUUUUAUCAAAAUAGGCCCUCAUAUCGUCAAAAAAGGCUUUGCCACCUGGACAAGUUAUAAAACACUGCUAAUUCUUGAUUAGUCUUCUGUAGAGUCUCUAAUCCAUAACUUAACACCUUAAGCUUCAACUAUUCUAAUGCUCAUUGAGGCUCUUUUUACUCUGGCUGACAAUUUAGAUUUAGCUACAUGUGUGUUCAAUUAGUGAAUUAUGUGAUGGACAUACAAGAUUGGGGGAUAUAAUUUUUAUCACCUUGUAUUCCUGCUUUUGAACUGCAUAGUUUUUGGUAAGAUGAGUGUUUUUUGAUAACUGAGCUAUUUACUUUCCAUUGAGCAUUACCUACCCACCAAAGAUCUCCUCUGCUCAAAACUUCACUUCCACACAUCCAGUAUAGUGUCUUUCCUAUUUCCAACUCCAAGUCACUGUCUUUAAAUUCUAGCCUGUCUACAUCAGAAACCUUCUUCAGCUUCAGCUACCAUCUCUCUUCUGGCACUACUGGGAAUCACAAUCAAUUGUAUGCUCCCGUCCUUGAAAAUAAAUAUUUUUUAUUAUUUAUAGUAACAGGCCCAACUAGCCAGUGUCACCCAAUUACAUCCACGUGACCAAUUAACCUACUAAUCUGUACAUUGUUGGAACAUGGGAGGACACUAGAGCACCUGGAGGAAACCUACAUGGUCACAGGGAGAACGUGCAAAUUCCUUGCAGAUAAUGGCAGAAUUGAACCUGGAUCACUGGCACUAUAAGAUCCGAUAAAACUUUAUUUAUCCCAGAGGAAAUUAUAUUGUUGCAAGGUUGCUUAGUCAGAAAUAUAUACUUUAAAAUACAAAACGCUCAUUAAAAAAUAAUAGUGCAAAAUAAAGAUGUGCAAUGAAACCAUACACUUAUAUACUAAAGGAGGAGGAGUUGUAGAGCUUUAUAACCACAAGGAGAAAGGAUCACUUGUGGCAUUCAGUGGUGUAUUUGGUGGAGUCAGUCUGUUACUAAAAGCGCUUCUCUGUUUGUCCAGUACAUCAUGAAGGGGGUGAGAGGGAUUGCCCACAAUGUUCCGUAGCUUCUGCAGCAUCCUCCUCUCAGACACAACACCAAGGAUUCCAGUUCCACACCAGAACUGAACCAGCUUUCCAAACAAGCUUAUCGAUCUUCUUGGUAUUGGUUGCUCUCACCCUGCUGCACCAGCAGACCACAGCAUAGUAUAGAAUGCUGGCCACCAGCAUAGUCCUGCAGACAUUGAAUGACCAAAGCCUCCUUAGGAAGUACAGUCACCUCCGUCCCUCCUUGUAUAGAGCCUUUAUAUAAUUAGUCCAGUCCAGUUUAUUGUCCAGGUGAAUUGCCAGGUAUUUGUAGUCCUUCCACAUCCUUUCUUUGAUGGGAGAUGGGAAUGAAUAGCAUUUUCACAUUCCUGAAGUCCACCAACUCCUUUGUACUACUGAUGUUGAACUGCAGGUGAUACAGCCCACACCAUUCAAUAAAGUUGUCUACACUCUUCUGUACUCAGACCCUUGACCCCGGCUGGUACAGCCCACAACUGCCAAAUCUUCCGAAAACUUCUGCAGGUGGCAGGACUCAGAGUUGUAUCUGAAGUCCAAGGUGUAGACGGUGAACAGGAAGUGAACAUAUAAUAUUUUAUGAUAACCGAUACAUUGCUAUUCUGCCCAGUAAAUAUCCUGUCUUAAAUAAUUUUGAAGCAGAAAGGAACAAGUUAGCAAUUCUUCCAUUUCCUCCUUUGUGAUACUUGCAGCAGUAGAGGAAAAAAAAUAUUUUUUGCUUAACUUGCUUUCAGUAAUCAAAAAUAUUGUGAUUGAGGUGUAUGUCUGCAAAUUUCUAGCAAAGUAUCUCCUGUACCUGGUCUAGGUAUUGGAACGAGGUCCUGGAAAUAAUUUCCAUGAGUACAAGUAAUUUUGUUCUUCACUACCAUCUAAUGAAUGAACAACUGGACAAAACAAUUGCUGAUAGAACCACUGAAAGAACUAGAGUUCCACGUUCCUCCACUGCUUGAAAUAUCAAAGUUUCUCUUCUGUACAUUUUAUAACUGUUUACCUCCAUAUUCCAGGAAAUUUAGAACAUAGGACAUUUCAGCACAGUACAGACCCUUCAGCCCACAAUGUCAUGCUGAUCUUUUAACCUGAUCUAAGAUCAAUCUAAUCCACCCUUCCUACAUAGCCUCCCCCCCCAUUUUUUCUAUCAUCCAUGUUCCAAUAAUAGUUUUUUAAGUGCCGCUAAUAGAGUAUAUUUGCUGCUACCACCCACCCUGGCAAGGCGUUCCAUGCACUCACCACUCACUGUACAUACCUCUGAUAUAUCUCCUAUACUUGACUCCAACUACCUUAAGAUUGAAUUGAGGAUUAUCUCAUUAUAUUCAUUGCUGAAGAAUCACCAUGAAGUAUUGACAUUUUAACCCCUACUCUAGCCUGUUUCAUCUCACAAUGAUUCCCUGGU